CAUCCAUAAUCGGAGCUCCUCGUUAUCUGCAGAGAGAGGCGUCGGUCCGCUGCGCUGCUUCACAGUCGAUCACACGCGCCCACUCGACCAGGUAGCUAGCUUGCUUGCUGCAGCUCUCUCGUCGGAAUCAAUGGCUGCGACUUCCGGCGACGGCGGCGCCGCCGCCUGCCCGGCCUACCCGUGGCCGAACGACGGAGUGCAGCGAGGGCGCAAGGUGUUCAUGCAGAGCGACUGCGCCGCGUGCCACACCUCGCUCCCCUACGCCGGCCUCAGCGACGACGGCGCGCGCGCGCGGGCAGCGGCUGUGGAGCCCAAGGCGGCGGAGAUCGUCGUCGUGGAGGAGGCGCGGCAGCCGGCGGCGGAGACCGUCAACGGCGGCGCGAACUCUCCGGACCUCACCCUCAUCACCAAGGGGCUGCGCGGCAACCUCUACGCCACCGCGGCGCCGAGGAUGUUGGCCGGCGCCGCCGCAGCGUGCCAGGAGCUGAAGAAGCGGGCAAUGGCUAGCCCCGUUUGGCUGUAGUUUCUGCUUGCUCCAUGAAGCUAGCAAGCAGUGCACUAAUGGCAUCAGCAGUUACAGCACUGCUUCUGCUUGUAGCUUCUGGCACUGAAAUAAAUCACUCCACUCGUAUGGAUAAUGGAUAUAUCACCACGUAUUGCAUCUUGUGUUUUGCUCACUGUAUCCUGCUGUAACAAUAAUAACAUGAAGACACAAAAUAAAUUGGGGGAAAUGAUAUGGUUUUGUAUGCAGCAUUUACAUGUAAAUGAGUGGUGUCUUUAGUCUGGAACUUCUAAAAAGGUACUCGUGCUA